AACCAGGCCGGGGAAUAUUGCAGGGUCCCAGAGUGGCUUGUUUGUAAUAACUGUAGAAUUUCAGCAUCAUGUCGUUGGAUGGCUGGAAUGGACCUAAAGGAGACAGGCCUGGUGGCAGAGCUGGUGGCUGUUUGAAAGGGAAGGCAGGCUCUGCGGAGAGGAUGUAAGAUGGCAGAGCUACAAAUGUUGUUAGAUGAAGAGAUUCCGGCCGGUAAAAGAGCGCUCGUGGAGAGUUACCAGAACCUGACCAGAGUCGCGGACUACUGUGAAAACAAUUAUGUCCAGGCGGAGGACAAGAGGAAAGCGCUGGAGGAGACCAAAGCCUACACCACCCAGUCGCUGGCCAGCGUGGCCUACCAGAUCAAUGCCUUAGCCAACAACGUCCUGCAGCUGCUGGACAUCCAGGCCUCGCAGCUGCGCCGCAUGGAGUCCUCCAUCAACCACAUCUCCCAGACGGUGGACAUCCAUAAAGAGAAGGUUGCCAGGCGGGAGAUUGGGAUCCUGACCACCAACAAGAACACAACCCGGACCCAUAAGAUCGUAGCUCCGGCCAACAUUGAGCGGCCGGUCAGGUACAUCAGGAAGCCCGUCGAUUACACGGUCCUGGACGAUGUGGGCCAUGGCAUCAAGUGGUUGAAAGCCAAGCAACACGGAAACAACCAGGCCGUCAGGACGGGAACCCUGUCCAGGACCAACCCGCCCACGCAGAAGCCGCCCAGCCCGCCCAUGUCCGGGUGGGGCACGCUGGGGCGGAACACGCCCUAUAAGACCCUGGAGCCCGUCAAGCCACCCACGGUGCCCAACGACUACAUGACCAGCCCCGCCCGCCUAGGCAGCCAGAACAGCCCCGGACGCACGGCGACCCUCAGCCAGAGGCAACGCACUCACAGUGGCAGCAGCGGGGGCAGCAGCAGCCGCGAGAACAGUGGCAGCGGCAUCGGCUUCCCCGUGGCCGUGCCGACGCCCUCCAUCCCCAACGCUGGACCAGCUCUGUCCGUGCCCGCUCCACCCGGAGCCCCGCCCCCUCCACCACCUCCUCCCAUGGCCGGCGGGCCUCCCCCUCCCCCUCUGGUGCCUCCACCUGCUCCCCCUAUGAUGGCGCCCCCCCUGACUGCACCGCCACCACCUCCCCUAGCACCCAUAGUGGUGGCUUCCGGGCCCGGUCUGGGCCCCGCUCCGAUGUCCCAGUUCGGAACCGUCUCCAGGCAGAUCUCGCGGCACAACCCCUCCAACUCCUCUGUCUCUAUGGUUUCGGCCACGGGCACCUACCGGCGGGCGCCGUCGGUCACCUCGCAGUUCUCCCUGCAGCAGCAGCAGCAGCAGCAGCAGCCUCACAUUAAUGGAGGCACGCCUGGUUACAGCCAGAACUCAAUGUCUGUCGCUCCUCCUCCUCCUCCCCCUCCCCCCAUGCCCCAGCUGACUCCACAGAUACCUCUGACUGGCUUUGUGGCCAGGAUGCAGGAGAGCAUUGCAGACACUCCCACUCCUCCCCCCCCUCCCCCUCCGGAUGACAUCCCCAUGUUCGACGAGUGCCCCCCGCCCCCUCCGCCUCCUCCGGUGGAUUACGAGGAGGAGGAGGACGCCGCCCUGGUCCAGUACAGCGACCCCUACGCGGACGGAGACCCCCAGUGGGCCCCCAAGAACUACAUCGAGAAAGUGGUGGCCAUCUACGACUACGCCAAGGACAAGAACGACGAGCUGUCCUUCCUGGAGGGCGCCAUCAUCUACGUGGUGAAGAAGAACGACGACGGCUGGUUCGAGGGCGUGAGCAACGGCGUGACCGGCCUGUUUCCCGGAAACUACGUGGAGCCCAUCAUGCACUACGCCGACUGACGGCGCCCGCCAGUCCUGGAGUAUUUAUUCAGUCAUAUCCUGACCCACUGAGACGGAAACAUCUGCUUUUAUACCACGUGAAAAUAAUCGAAAGCAUCUCUUGGGGUGACGGGGACGGGUGGUGGGCCACGCUGGGCGGGGACUGGGGGAGGAGCUCUGGGCAGAACAAAGAUUUUCUGAUUGACAGGUGAACGGCUUUAGUUUUGAUGGAACAAAUAAAAGAGUUGGAUAAAAAGCUUCUCUGCAAGUGUUUGUAAAUGAUGUGAGCUGCAGGAAAAAAAACUUUAGGUUAAAGCAUGCAGAUAUAUCAUAACUUGAGGUUUCUGUUUCAUUUAUAUUUUAAAUGCAGUCAGUUUGUCUUUUUGUUAAUUACACUGUUAAAAACAAAAUCACUGAACUCUUCAUAAACUCUGCAUCUUCCCAUGGAGACGUUUUUUUCCGAAAUUGCCAUUUCUUUUGUUUUGCAUCUUUAUUAAUUUCUAUUUUUUUAGUCAACCGGGCUGCUGGUCCAAAACAUUCCCAGCUUUGUGGAAACUGUUUUUUGCAGCAAUUUGACCAGAUGGACUCAUUUAUUCACAAUGUACUAAAAAAAAAAGUUGAUCAAUACAUUUUUAGCAAGAAUUUUACCACAAAUAUAACAAAUUGGAGUAAUUAAGUGUUUUCAAUUUUUUUUAUAGUUUUGUAAACUAAAGUUAAAAAAAUCAGUGCAACAGGUGUAAAUGAUGAAUCACCAAAUAGCUUAAAUAUACAUUUUUGUUUUUAAAGCAGUCAAUUAACGUUGAUUUCUUAUAAACCUGACCGAACUAGGCGUAAAAUGUAAUUAAAUAUUAGUUGGACUUUUUUAAAUGAGCAACUUUACAGCCUCCACAACCUGGACUCUUAUUGUGAAAGGGUGUUGCCCUUUGAACCCACCUGGGAGCCUGGUGAUGUGAACCACUUCCUGCCCGACGCCCUCACAUGAAACCACGUGGACCAAACUACUGUAAUACCUCCUCCGUGUCGUCAUAGCAACAAGGAGGGCGUGACCCUGCAGGCUGUGACAUCAGCCGCGUGAUGGCGGUCGACUCAGGAAUCACUCAUUUAGUUUGGGUUUUUUUAAUGCUUAAAAUUUAAUGUCUUUUUUCCCCACAAAGUUCUUAUGUAGAAGAACUAAACUGCUUUCUUUCUCUGGCCGUCAUACGUGUGUAUAAUAUGUUGAUUGACAAAUUCAUGUACAGUCUUUUGUAAUAAACAAGUCUAUGUAC